GGGGAGAACUGCUCACAAACUUGGUUGCCAAGAGCUGGUCUGAGAUAUCCCUUCAUCAUGAACACCUACAGCUUUAGGCAAUCUUCUUCUACCAUUAGUGGUGGAGGUUUGGGUGGUUCUUCCUCCUUCAGAACUCCAAGCAUCCAUGGGGGAUCUGGUGGCUAUGGCAUCUCUGUCUCUUCUGCUAGAUUAGGCUCUGCAGGGUUGGGAGGAGGCCUAGGUAGUGGCCUUGGUGGUGGAAGUUUUAGCUAUGGGAGUGGCUGCUUUGGUGGAGCUGGUGGGACUGGAGGUGCCUUUGGCGGGAACCUAAAUGUCAGUGAUGGCCUCCUUUCGGGAAAUGAAAAGAUAACUAUGCAGAAUUUAAAUGACCGCCUGGCAAACUAUCUGGACAAAGUGCGUGCCUUGGAGGAGGCAAAUACUGAACUAGAGGUUAAAAUUCGAGAGUGGUACCAGAAGCAGGGACCGACUGCGACCCGCGAUUACAGCCCAUAUUACAAGACCAUUGAAGAACUUCGGGACAAGAUCCUGGUUGAAACAAUUGAAAAUAAUAAAAUGAUCCUGCAGAUUGAUAAUGCCAGGCUGGCUGCUGAUGACUUUAAAACCAAGUUUGAGACUGAGCAAGCCCUGCGCAUGAGUGUGGAAGCUGAUAUUAAUGGCUUACGCCGAGUGUUGGAUGAGCUGACCUUAUCUAGAACUGACCUGGAGAUGCAAAUUGAAAGCUUGAAAGAAGAACUGGCUUAUCUCAAGAAGAACCAUGAGGAGGAAAUGAGUGCUCUUUCUGGCCAACUGGGUGGCCAAGUGAGUGUGGAAGUUGAUUCUGUCCCAGGCAUUGAUCUCACCAAGAUCCUGGCAGACAUGAGAGACCAGUAUGAGCUACUGGCUGAGAAGAACCGAAGGGAUGCGGAGGCAUGGUUUUCGAGCAAGACUGAAGAACUGAACAAAGAGGUUGCCAUCAAUACUGAACAGCUUCAGACCAGCAAGACUGAAAUUACUGACCUGAGACGGACUCUCCAAAGUUUGGAGAUAGAGCUGCAAUCCCAGCUUAGCAUGAAAACUGCUCUGGAAGGCACCUUAGCGGAUACAGAAGGUCGCUAUGGCGCCCAGCUCUGCCAAAUCCAAACUCUGAUCAGUAACAUAGAAGCCCAGCUGGUUGAGGUCCGCAGUGACAUGGAGAGGCAGAAUAACGACUAUAAGAUGUUGAUGGACAUCAAAACCCGUCUGGAGCAAGAGAUUGCGACUUACCGCCAGCUCUUGGAUGGCCAGGACUUCAACUUUUCAGACAAAGCAUUUACUGAUAAGAAGCCUUGAAGAACACCCUCUAUGUUAUACACAAAUACUAAAUACACAGAUUUCAAUGGGUAGAUGCCAUCAUCAAGAGAUGGAAAUGUAGAAUUUCACACAGCAGUAGUUUCUUAAGCACUUAUACUUGGUGGCUGGAGAUCAUGUAACAGUUUGACUUCGUUGUUCUUGCUUUUGCUUUUCUUUGUGGAGUUUCUACUGUCUAAUAAAGUUCUUUUGGGUCUUGCAAA